GAGGGCCUGGGUCUCCGUCUAUGCGCUACUCCGCAAAACACACGGGCGUCAAAUUUGGGGGUGGGAAAUAUCCACAUGGGCUUCCCCGCCAAGGGUCGGCAGUUUGGAUAGAGGCACCUGGAUUGUCGGUCACCGUUACCCCCAUUGUUGGUAUUUCCUGCGAGGGGUAAUACCUUCUUGUAGAUCAACCAACCAACUCCGUUCUUCUUAUGUCGAAGGGGCCGCACGUUAGAAGAGUGUCGCGGUUAGUUCGUGAGUGCCCAAUGCCAAAAUGUUCGCAGCAAUUCUUGCUAGCAUAGGCUUCGCUGUGUCGCUUUCUUAUCUAAGCUUGAUAUUCCCGAGGUUGCUGCAAGAAUGGAAGAUCUACGCACAUCGCAAAGAGCUGCCGCCAGGGCCUCAGGUUAUCAAAUCUGGUCUUCGAAAACCAUGGCUGUGGUUUCGGGAACUGAACAAAGAAUAUGGCGAUGUGGUCUACCUCCAGAUGGGGCCUACGCCGACCGUAAUUCUGGGUUCGGCUCAGGCGGCAUGGGACCUUUUGGAGAAACGAGGAGCCAAGUACUCGUCCCGACCUCGCUUCAUUAUGGGCGGUGAACUCCUGUCGGGGGGGAUGCGAGGCCUCAUGGCGCCGUAUGGAUCUUUCUGGCGGCGAUGGCGAAAGCUGCUGCAUAGCGGAUUUAUGAACCGUCAAAGUUUAACUUAUCGUCCUAUUCAGAGCUUAGAGUCUAAAAUACUUAUGCACGACUUACUCCAUUCCCCUGGGGCGUUUCGAAAACACUUCGAGCGUUACGCGGCUUCGGUUAUUGUUACGGUUACAUACGGGCGUAGGGUUGAAGAUGUUGAUACCGAUAUUGUUGUUCGACGCAAUGGCGAGUCGAUGGACCGUCUGACACAAGUGAAUAUUCCCGGUAAGUAUAAAGUUGAGCGAUAUCCGGCUCUCAAAUACAUACCCAGCAUCUUCGCGCCGUGGAAGGCCGAGGUCCUGAAGCAAAGACAGAAGGAUAUCCAACUAUACACGGAACUCAUGGACGAAGUAAAAGAGAGGAAUGCGAAGGGAACCUUGCCCACAUGUUUUGCCAAACACCUGCUGGAAGAACAAGAGAACCUCGGAAUGUCAGAUCUGGAGCUUGCGUAUACUGCAGGCUCUCCAUUUGGUGCAGGAGUAGAGACAUCUGCUGGUUCACUUGCCAGCUUUCUCCUGGCCUGUGUGAAGUUUGGUCCUCAGUUCAUCCCUAGAGCACAGGAGGAACUCGACAAGGUAGUUGGAAAUGACAGGCUCCCCACGUUCGAAGACUUGCUCCAGUUACCAUAUGUUAGGGCAGUUGCUUCAGAGACGCUUCGAUGGAGACCAGUAGCUGUGCUAGGGGGUACCCCUCAUGCUAGUACCGCUGACGAUGUGUAUAAGGGGAUGUUCAUCCCCAAAGGGAGUACAAUUAUCGCACCCUUGUGGAGCAUUCACUUAAAUGAGUCCGAUUUCCCCGAGCCAAACGAAUUUCGACCAGAACGCUUCAUGGAAACGCGUGGCUAUCCCGGCACGCUUGGUCACAGUGCAUUCGGUUGGGGAAGACGAAUCUGCCCCGGGAUGCACUUAGGGUCUGCGUCCGUGGAACUCAACAUUGCGCGAAUACUAUGGGCUUUCAAAGUCGGUCCCGCAAAAGAUGCAAGCGGUAACGACAUUGAUGUGGACAUAUUCGCCUAUUCAGACGGCUUUAACUCGAGCCCGCUGCCAUUUCCAUGCUCCAUACAACCACGGUCCCAGAAGCAUGCAAGUGUUAUCGAGCAAGAGUUCCAAAGUGCCACAGAGUCCCUGGAAACAUAUACUCCGGUUGGCAACAAAAUAUCUUGACGAGGCGUGGGUCAUCAUCCAUAUCCGCUCAUACCGUGGAAGGAGCAUAUUAGAAGAUAUAAACAUAAUUGGCUAAAGUAACAUUAUCCUUAGGCCAGACGAGACGUAUCUCAUCAGCAUGGUUUUCAAUGAGUGGAGAGGCAUAGGUAGAUGAAAUUUCAAACCCUAA